GUGUUGUUGGUGGCGUUGGUGGCGGUACAAGUGCGGGGGUAGUAAAUGUGCGCGGUCCCUGGGCUCGGUCGAUCCUCUCGUCUCGCUACCGCUACGGCCGCCGCCGCCGCGAUGUCCGCUCUGUACGCCUGCACCAAGUGUCACCAGAGAUUCCCCUUCGAGGAGCUCUCGCAGAGCCAGCAGCUGUGCAAGGACUGUCGCAUCGCUCACCCCGUCGUCAAGUGUACAUAUUGCCGCACCGAGUUCCAACAGGAGAGCAAGACCAAUACCAUCUGCAAGAAGUGUGCCCAGAAUGUAAAACUGUACGGGACGCCCAAGCCGUGCCAGUACUGUAACAUAAUCGCGGCGUUCAUCGGCACCAAGUGCCAGCGCUGCACCAACUCGGAGAAGAAGUACGGGUUGCCCCUCGCCUGCGAGCAGUGCAAGCAGAGGUGCGCCUUCGACCGCAAGGACGACAGCAAGAAGAAGGUGGACGGGAAGCUGCUGUGCUGGCUGUGCACGCUGUCAUACCGCCGCGUGCUGCAGAAGGCCAAAGAGCAGCACCGAGGGCUGGGGGCGGCGCAGCACCGCUCCUCCCAGGACGAGCGGCAUGGGGCACGCAAGGAGCAGCACACGCACCGACACCACAAGUCCCCUGGCCCUGCCUCCCAGAACGAUCCCCCGCAGAAGAAGCCCAAGGUGGAGAACAAACCCAGCAAUGGAGACAGUGUAUCCGGUGACGCCACAAUGGACUCGGCGAGCUCGGACAACUUCAUCCUGAUCACUCAGCUCAAGGAGGAGGUGGCUCUGCUGAAGAAGCAGCUCCAGCAGAAGGAGGGGCUCAUCCUGGAGAGAGACCGCAAGCUCACGGAGAUCAAGGCCGACUUCCAGUACCAGGAGAACCUGAUCCGAACCAAGAUGAACAACAUGGAGCGCACGCACAAGGAAUCAAUUGAGCAGCUCCAGUCUAAGAACCGAGAACUCAUAAAGCAAGUUUCCAGCCUAUCCAAGGGCAAGAAGCUGGAUCGAGCCCCUGUAGGGAUUUCAUCGCCCUAAUCCCUCCCUCCACCAAAACCACUCCUCCAGUCACCUCGCCCCCUCUCCUGCCAUCCAGGAAUUUUCUACUGCAGCAGACUUGUGCGGACUUAGGGAAACCUUCACAGUUCUGCACGGUGCGCGACUAUGCCUUUUUAUCGACGAAGCCACACUUUUUAAACGCGAGUUAUUCACGUUUGAACAUGCUUCGCCCGAUUUUUACUUUGUGUAACUUUUUACUCAAGGCAAGGCUGUACAGUUGGUGGGAAGGUGAUGAUGUUUUUAACUCAAAUCACGUUUUUUAUACGAGCGACUGUUUUUAGUUGGUAUCGUGACGUCAAAAGGAAAAAUGCAACACACACAUUAAUCAAACGGAUACCUCUCAUCUUGAAUGAGACUCGCCUCGACUGUGUCGCCCACACUGUUCAGGCACGAGUUUCAUAAAAGCAUUUAAGACUGACCUGGUGCACCAUGAUCAUAUUCGGGGUCAGUUAUCACUAUAAUGACAUGAGUACCCUAAGCUGAAAUCACCAUUGCAUUUUUAUUGCAAUUUUUUUACAGAAUACACAAUUACAGUUGUAAUUGAUUCUAUGUCAGACCAUAGUACACACGUGACGGCGCUUGAAGCGACAGUUGUAAGUGCGUGAAUUGGCACCACGGCAACAUUACAAUAGCAUUGUGGCAGUGUGCCUAACUGCCACAGUGCUCUCGUAGGGGUCGAGCGGUGGCGCAGUGGUUAGUUGGCACACUGUUGUAAAACCUGGUGACCCGAGUUCAAUUCCUGUCCAUGGCUUACGUCAGUGGCAAGUGAUAAAUGUACUGGCCCUAGCCUCCCCCAUUCACCAACCAACAUUGACAAUUGUGGCGAACUAGGGUCAAACAACCCCCGUAAUGCACACGACGCGGGGAGGCCUUCAUUCUGCAGUCGAUUGACAAAGCCAAAGGGCUGUACACUUCUCAUUAACUUUCAAACUUGUGUUGGCCAACCUUGGGGCACAUAGCUUAGGUGUCUGUCUACAAGGUAAGUGGUGGUUGCUUUUUUAGGUUGCAGUCUUAAUGCACGAAGUGACAGACAAGCUGGUUUAGUACGUGGUAAAUGGAUGUCCACUGGCUAUGCAGGUUUCUCGUGUAACCAGUGGCAUUUCGAGGAGUGCUUGGAUGUGCACAGGAAUUUAGAAUACAGGUGUCCACAGUUGAGCAAUUGGUUGAUGGACUAAGGAGGAAUCCAUUUUAAUUUGUUUGACCCCUAUGAAGAAUUCACCUGGAAUGCACCCAAUCUCAGAUUUCGGACGCUAAGCAGGUUUGAGCCUUGAUAGUGCUUGGAUGGGCGACAAUCAUGCAUAAAUAAAAGCUGUAGGCUGUUGCAGGGUUACGUCUUUGGAGGGAGGAGGACCAUAAAAAAUGUACUAUCCAACAUCUUUGCUCUCUGCAUUCAACCCACACUGGUAAGUGGUGAAGUAUGGACUGUCAAAUAACGCCCAUGACCCCGCAGAGUGUGGGGAGGCCCUCAUCCAUUCGUGGAUUGGCAAAAGGGCUUUACAUAUACAUUUGUGGUGGAUAAACACCCAUACAGUGUUGUACAGUGUUCAUAUUUGUUGGUUGGCCUGAGCCACUGGUGGAAAUCCCUGAUUACUAUAGCAAGAACCAGUUUCUCCAAAGGCCAGUGAAUUUGCUCAAAGUAUUUUCAAUUUAUCUCGGAGGGUUGAGGAUGGUGGGCCAAGUCGACCCGCAACUGAGAUUUGAAUUGAACCUCCCUAUGAGUUGGUCACCCUACCACAGCCACCCAGCCAGAUAUUCGUAUGUAAGUCGAGGAAUUGUCGUGGUAUGAUUGGUAGAUGUGAGUAGCCAGAUGAGAGUAACUUGGCAGUGGUGUUAGUGCAGAUGGACUAUGAUGUGCUGCUGUUGGCCGGCCCUAUGUCGGUUUUUCAAUGUACUGACUGCAUUUCUGUUUUGUAUUCAUAACUUUUUUGAAAUAUGUUAAUUUCGGCAUGCUCUUAUUUGGUUUUAAUGCUGCGGUCUAUAACGGUAAUGAGUUGUUCAUUUCAAGGGCUAACUUUUAUUUGAAAGGCUUAUAUUUUUUUCCACCAGCCAGUUUGAUAUUGUAUUGUUUAUUUAAAGCUUACAGGCAGACCUCGCUUAGCGCUACGCUGUAGAACGCCGAUUCGUUAUAGCGUUUUUGUCCUGGAGAAACUUUCAGCUAAAAAACGAAUGAGAACAAGCAGUGCUGACCGAGGAAGGGCACCCGCCGCCAUAUUUGUUUACAAUCAAUGAGAGCGAUGAACGCUCUUGAGCCAAGCAGCGGUCGCCAGUGUUUUUCUUUUAAAGCACACCCGUCCACCGACGUGUUUUUAUUCCGCCUUGGUCUCUCUCUGCCUUAUCGUCUUUUUUGUGAACAUUUAGACCCAUAAUAUCUGGAAAAAGGUCUUGCGAGUGUUUGUGCUGGAAAUGUGACCAAAGUGUCACUUUCGAUGUUAAAAAUGCAAGUUAUACGGCGGGUCCAGGUGGGUGAGCGUCAGGUGGAUGCACUGGCGAGUCCAGGCACAUAAUGAUGUAAUACAAAUAUUUUUACUUCUAAAAUGUUUACCUGUCUAUAUAAUCGCUAUUACCGAAACCCCAGUGAAGCCUUCAUUGCUCAUACGCAAGACCUAACGCUGUCAGGAAUACAUCCACAUAUAUACGGUAUAAUGACUCCUUUUAGCGCUGAUUCAAUUCGCGCUCACUUCUUGAGCACUAAGCGAGGUCUAAGUGUAAUGGUUUUAUUCUUGAUGACCUGGGAAUGCAGAUAAGUUCGCAAUAAACAAGGGCAUGGGGUAUUA